GAGACGGUGGUAUACGUGGUGGAUACAGGUCCAUCCGUCCCACAGAGCGUGUUUCAGGAGUGCCGGCUCUGGGUGGAGCAGCAGAUGGUGCAGAAGGUGAGGAUAGGGGUGUUUCACGAGUGCCGGCUCUGGGUGGAGCAGCAGAUGGUAAAGGUGGGGUUGGGUGGGGAUGUGUGGGGGUGGGUUGGUGUGGGGUUGUAUGGGGUUGCAUGGGCAUGACUGUAUGCAAGCUCAUCCGCCCAUCCGUCCCACCGAGCGUGUUUCAAGAGUGCCGGCUCUGGGUGGAGCAGCAGAUGGUUCAGAAGACGAACAACCCCUUGGAGGAGGUGGAAGGGUACGAGAACAUAGCCGUGGUGGUGCCUCACAGGGUGGUGGAUCCAUCCUCGUUACAAGCUGUGCACGCUAUGGAGCAAGCAGCAGACUCGAGCAUCAGGAGUGACUGUGAGUGA